GCGGGGUUGCCCGGGAGGGCGGUGCGGCCGCCAUCGCCGCCUCAGCGCGGUCCCGCCUCCAGCUGCCAGAGGCCGGGUGGGCGGCGGGAUGGCGGCGGCAGCGGCGCGGGGCCGGGUGCUGUGCCUCUUCGACGUGGAUGGGACCCUGACACCGGCUCGGCAGAAAAUCGACCCGGAGGUGGACGCGUUCCUGCGGGAGCUGCGGGAGAGGGUGCACAUCGGCGUGGUGGGGGGCUCCGACUACGCCAAGAUAGCCGAGCAGCUGGGGGACGGCGAUGAAGUCAUUGAUAAGUUUGACUACGUCUUUGCAGAGAACGGCACAGUGCAAUACAAGAAUGGGCAGCUGGUCUCAAAGCAGGCCAUCCAGGACCACCUGGGAGAAGAGCUGCUGCAGGACCUGAUCAACUUCUGUCUCAACUACAUGGCGCUGCUGAAGCUGCCCAAGAAACGAGGAACCUUUAUUGAGUUUCGCAAUGGGAUGCUGAACAUCUCCCCCAUCGGGCGCAGCUGCACCCCAGAGGAGCGAAUCGAGUUCUCCGAGCUGGACAAGAAAGAGCGGAUUCGGGAGAAGUUUGUGGCAGCCCUGCAGAGGGAGUUUGCUGGCAAAGGCCUGCGUUUCUCUCGAGGUGGCAUGAUCAGCUUUGACGUCUUCCCGGAGGGCUGGGACAAGCGCUACUGCCUCAACGUGCUUGAUGACGAGAGAUUUGACACCAUCCACUUCUUUGGGAAUGAGACGACCCCUGGAGGGAACGACUAUGAGAUCUACGAUGAUCCCCGCACGGUGGGACACAGCGUCCAGAACCCACAGGACACGGUCCAGCGAUGCCGCGAGAUCUUCUUUCCGGAGAGAGCAAACGAGUGCUGACUGCACAGGUCCCGCAGCCCUGCCCUCUCCCCCGCCAGGAAAAGCACCUUCACUGGAGGGAUCUGCUCAGGGUGACUGGAAAUCCCCACUCUGCAGGGCUGGAAGGGAUGUAAGGCAUGAGCGCAGGUGGGUGCGCAGGAGGGGGCUUUGCUGAGCAGCCCUUUGGCACUCCCCAUCUGCGGCUGGGGCUCACAGGAGCAGACCCUCCUCGCCUCCAGAAAAACUUCUCUCUUACAGUUUGGGCUGGGGGGGCAGCAAUGGAGAUGCUUUCUUGGUCAGAAAGCACUGAAGGGGCCAGUCACAAGAGCGUGUGUGUGACCAUCCUGUGCUCCCUCCCCUCUUCUCUUCUUUUCCCUCUGUUUCUCUCAACACUUCUGCAUGAGGGAGCAUGUGUCUCACCUUUCUCUCCCCUUUGCACCUUGGCUGGGGAGGCUGGGGCUGCUGAGGCCCCAGGCACUCUCCAUGGGGCUGCUCUGAGGCAGGAGGCCAGGAAGGCUGUUUGCUCCAAGUAGGAAGGGGUAGCUGCGACCCCAGCUGGUUGCAGCAUUGGGCAUCCUAAAAGAGGAGGUCGCCAUGUCCUUGCCCUCAAUGCCACGCUCUGCCAGUCACUACAGGUGACCUGGGAAUUACAGUUUUAGAAUGACUGACUGGGUUUCUGCUCUGAGCUUUGCUCAGGUGCAUGAAGAAACUAAUUCUCUCUUUAGCCCUCAAAAAAACCCCAGGAUGUAUUUUCUGUGUUCUCAAAUGAGACCUUCUCUGGUGUGGCUGGAGGACGCCAGGCACCUGAUGUGUGCAGGGCACUCUGUGGAGCCGCUGUGGGCAGAAGGCUUCCUGGUCCUCUGCCCACUGCCAUGUCCAUUAGGUGUCACAAGUGUGUCAAUGUAAAACCUCACCCAGGGCAUUCAUAACAGACCAGGUCGCCUUCCUUCCCAGUGCUCAGCUUUCCAUCCUGCUGCCAGAGGCAUCCUCAGAGAGGGCCAACACAGGCCAGACUUGGUUCGUAGUGCCAAUGGAGGUACCCCCUCAACAGUGCCCUCCAAGCCUGCUUUUCCACCCCAUCUCACCCCAUACGCUCAGUUUACAUGGUCACCUUUAGGGAGGCAGGAUCUGCAGUACUGUCAUAUGUCCUGCUGCUCUCUUCUGGGUCUUCAUGCUUUGCAAAACCACAUCUGCCCUUCAGCCCUUGACCUCAUGUUGCCCCUUUGUUCCUGGCAGCUGUGCUGGGACAUGUGGCUGCACCGAUGACACUAGUCACAACUUGGUACUCCAGAGAAGCUCAGGGAUCCCCUCCAGGGAGAUGUCCACUUACAGCUACCCAGGGCACACGUACCUGGUGUUUGUGGUCCUGGAAGAUAGUGAAUGUUCCUGCAACCCUCCCCU